UACAGUCAUGGCCUUUUCAUGACUAUUCCUCGCAUGAGUGCGAGCUUGAGCUGAGGUGUGAUAGGAGGGGUGACCGGUGAUUGUGAGAAUGGCGGGUCGCUCUCCGAACAGCAAGUGGCUGGCAGCGGCAGUGGAUGGUGAUGGAGUUUCUCCUAGCUUCGGUCUAGCUGCUUGCUUGGCCAGUGAUGGAUUCGUUUACUGCUUUGGAGGAACGUCCAAUGAAGAUGAAGCCCCUUAUUUUGAAGGCUUGUUCCGAUUUCAGGCCACGGCUGGUGAUAAUACUAUUCACUGGGAAUCAGUGAAGACCACUGGCUACACUGCUCCACAAGGCAGGGAAGGGCAUGGGCUCAUGUCAGUUGGCCGGAGGCUGUAUUUGCUGGGAGGUACCACAGCUGAUGAGGAUGGAAAGUUUUGUGACAAAGUCUUUGCCUUCAACAUUGAUGACCUAUCAUGGGAUGAAGUCAGUGUAUCCGGUACAUCUCCUACCUGCACCAGUCCAUCUUAUUGCAACAUCGGGGAGAAGGUAUUUGUGUUUGGCGGCGUCUUCGACGGAACGGCAACCAACAGUGUGUACAUGCUCGACACAGUUGGAUUAAAAUGGACUCUACUGGAAUGUGCAGGAACUUCUCCAGCGCCGCGAUGUGAUCAUGCAGCAUGUGCUGCAGGUGAUGGCGUCAGCCUGUAUGUCUACGGUGGCUGUGGUGGAGAGGAUCUCAUCUUCAGUGAUGUACACCAGCUGGACACGUCUACCCUUACAUGGUCCCAAGUGGACGCAAGUGGCAGUACAGCCAGUCCUGGCGCUAGGGACUACUGCACCAUGGUACCAUGUGGGAAAGAGGGACUUGUUGUGUUUGGUGGGUCGAGAGAUGAGAAAGCCGUCGCUGAGACUUACUAUCUGGAUCUAACCAAGAAGCCUCGAGAAUGGAAGAUGGUGGAGGCAGAAGGUGAUAGCCCUGUUGCUCGCUUCAGCCAUGCCACUGUUAUGUGUGGCAAUAUGAUGGUGGUCAUUGGUGGUACGUGUUCCACUGAUGAUGGUGAAACAGACAAGGAUGUCAACGAUGUCUGUUUGCUGCAUUUCCCUGAUUUGAAGAUAGAUCAGAAUGCCAGUUUUGAGCCGACAACACUGCCAGUCAAUCACUAUACAAAUCCACCUCAGCCAGCAAGACGCCGUGCCAUCCCAGCUCCAAAGCUGGUCACAGCCCGUGAUUUUGAGGAAACGAAGCAAAACAUUGUGAAAAGCAUCGCGGAAAGCUUUGAUCAAAUGGUGGACAGCUAUUUGAAACUGGACCAGGAAAAGGAAACGCUGCGACUAGAGAGGGCUGGAUUGGAAGAGGAUCGUCGCCAACUUGAAAAGAUGCAAAAGGAACAUGAAGAGCUGUUUGAGAAGCAGCGCACAAGUAAUGAGGAAUGGCUAGAAGAUCGUCGAGCUGAGAAUGACAAGGAAAGGCAGGCCAUUGCAAAUGAGAAGGCGACACUAGCAAAGGAGAAACAGCAUUUGGAGCAGGAGCGUGAGACCUUUGAUCAGAAGAACAAAAAGCUUGAGGGCAUUAUGAACCAGUUCAAAGGAAUUGGGUAAUGGCUUCCUUCUCAGUCCUUACUGAUCUGAUAUGUUCUAUCUUCUAUUAAAAUUUUAUUUAGGUUUUCAAUUUAUCCUUGUCGAAUCCUUCGAGUCAUUUUGUCCAGCAUGCAGGUGCUGGCACUCAGCUCGGGGAGUGUGUCUGUACACGUCGGAGCAAUCACAAUGCUCACAGCAAAGAUUUUUUAGGAGUUCUACAUGCGGCUGUUGCCUUUUCUGGGUUUUCUUUCAUCGCCGUCAGUGUCCGCAUUGUCUCACUUGGUUUGAUUGUGUGCUUAGAAUGUCUCAGUCUAGAGCCUAUUGUUUCUUUUCGUUUUUGUUCUUCGGUGUACGAUUUGUUGAGCAAUCAAAGUAUGACUGGUGACGUGA